AUGUCAGUCAUCUUGAGGAGUGUAACGCUAGAAGACACCCCGGAGGUCAAAGAGCAUUUUAUUGGCUUUUUAGAAGCAACAGAGACAACAGGUCAAGGCAGACCUCAUUUGGAGAAACUCAAGAACUUGAACAUAAUGUUUGCUGAUUGUAGGGGUCAGUCCUAUGAUAAUGGAUCAAACAUGAAAGGGAAAAACAAGGGAGUGCAAGCACAGUUUUUGUCUACUACCAUGCAGCUUGAUGUGGCUAUGAGUUUACUCAAGAACACUAAAGCCUCCUUGGUGAGCUACCGUGAGAAUGGAUUUGUCUCAGCACAAGCAUCAGCUAAGGACAUGUGCGAGGAAAUGAAUGUGGAGGCUGUAUUAAAGGAAAAGAGACUUCGAACGACGAAGAGACACGUUGGAUACGAAUCUCCACAUGAGCCAAUUUCUGAUACUUUGAGAAGAUUUGAAGGGUCUUUUUUCAAUAUGGUGGUAGACUCUGCCAUCACAUCACUCAAUGAAAGGUUCCAGAGCCUGGGAGAAGUUAGAGACGAAUUUGGAGUUAACUUUCACUUCAAAGAACUGUCCACUGAUUCACUCACAACACAAUGUGAGGAGCUGAGUGACACCCUGAGCUAUGGUGGAGAGUCAGAUAUUGAUGGGAAAGAACUGGACUUUGGGAUGAGAAAUCUUCCAGACGUUCCCUCAGAUAAUAUGACAGCAUUGGAACCUCUUAAAUAUAUACAUGAAAAGCAGAUUAAAGAGCUUUAUCCAAACAUGUGGACAGCCCUGAGGAUAGCAGUCACUCUGCCUGUAACUGCAGCUUCAACAGAGAGGAGCUCCUCAAAGCUUAAGCUUAUCAAAACAUACCUACGUGGUGAUGAAGGCAGUGAUUAUCAGCCUGGUGACCAAGAGGAUAGCAUCGAGUUGGACGAUGUUGUGUCAACCAGUGAUGAAGAGGAGGACACGGGCAGUGAGGCCCAGCCAGAUCGGCGUAUCCCCGCCACGUGCUCACGAUCCAGACAAGGGACAAUGGAUGCCUUUGAUUGCUCUGGCCCCUCGCCGCACGUGUGUCGAUGGAGUGAUGUUGGUGUUUCCGAACUGUUUGUGUUUUUUUGCAUUACUGAUGCUGAUGGCACAUGCGAGAAAACAUGCACAGUACUUCAGGAGUACUGGAUAUCUCCUGGUGACAUCACAACAACUCCAUUGUUUGAAAAAUUCAUGUCCAGAGACCGGUUUGUCUCCAUCCUACAUUAUCUACACUUCAUAGAUAACAACAUUCCUGUGGCUGGUGACAGACUAUGGAAAAUAAAAGAAGUUUUUACUUUGCUGAAGGAGCGGUUUAUGAAGUUCUUCAGACCCUUUCAAAACGUAGUGGUGGACGAGUCUCUGGCGCUUUUCAGAGGACAUGUUGUUUUUAGACAAUACAUUCCCUCCAAACGACAUCGCUUUGGGAUCAAGUUCUUUGUGCUGUGUGACUGCGAUACUGGGUAUGUCUUAGAUCUCGUUGUUUACACAGCAAGUGACGUAGACAUACCCAAGGACGACCCACAUGGUUGCUCCGGCGCUGUUGUCAAGAAACCUAUGGACCGUUACUUUAGAGGGAAUCACGUCCUCUACACAGACAAUUAUUAUACCUCUCCUGCCCUGGCCAAGUUCCUAGUUGAACAUGACACCUGUUCUUGUGGGACUGUACGUAGGAACAGGAAACACUGGUCUGUGCUUACUGAUGAAAGUCUCUCAGAUAAUGAAUGUAAAUUUUUUAGGCGUAUCCCAGUUGUUGGCAAACACAGCCGGAAGAUCCAAAGUGGAAGUUGGUCUUCUGGGAAUCUGUUAGCUUUGGGUGGAGAGGACAAGAUUCUCACUAUCAGCAGCAGCGAGGGAGACACCCUGCGUACAACUCCUCUACGUGGUGAACCAUCGGACAUACAAUUUUCUGAGAUGAAGCAGGACGAGAGAGCCAUGGCUGAAAAUACGGUGAGCCUCAUUGUUGCCAAGAAAACUUUGUUCCUGUACAACCUUAAUGACCCUGAGAAUCCCAUUGAGCUGGCAUUCCAGAACAGAUAUGGAAACAUUGUUGCUUAUAAAUGGUUUGGUGACGGUUACAUCUUAUUAGGCUUCUCCGGUGGUUUCUUUGUAGUUAUUUCAACCCACUUGAAAGAGAUAGGACAAGAAUUAUUUCAGGCCAAAAAUCACCGAGAUGUCCUCAAUGACAUUGCCAUAUCUACCACUCUUAGCAAAGCUGCCUCAUGCGGAGAUAAUGUCAUAAAGAUACAUGAACUGUCAGACUUAAAGGAGACAUUUGCUGUUAUAACACUGGACGAUGAACGAGGAUUAGAAUGGCUGGAAUGGUCGGAUGAUGGCCAGUUGUUAGCUGUUGCCACACCUUCAGGAAAUAUCCAUGUGUACCUGACCAAACUGCCAGUACUUGGAGGUGCUCAUGGCUCAAGAGUUGCCUAUCUCACAUCUUUACUGGAAGUGACAAUAGCUAAUAUUGUAGAAAAGGAACAACCAGUGACAGUGAGUGUUGAUGUUGAACCAAAUUUCCUCGGUGUGGGCCCUUAUCAUCUGAUGGUAGGAAUGAACAAUCGAGCUUGGAUUUACACACUUGGAGAGGAUUCUGCUGCGCUCCUUAGAGAUAGAGAGUAUCUGGGUACUAUUACAUCUGUUCGAGUGAAUUCUGACUAUGCUUCAGUCUUGUACGAGGGCAAGAUACAGUUUCACUUGCUGGAAGGUGAAACGGGAGAGGAUGAAGAACGGGAAUCACGACUCUUCCCAAGUGCAGACCAAGCAGACAUGCACAUCACAGACCAUGCCCUCACUGCAGAUUUUCUUAUAUACUCAACUGAUACUGGAGGGCUUUACUUCUUCUUUAUUGAAGAUUGGCAGACAGUAAGUGAUUACCGCCAUACAACUAGUGUCAGUAAUAUCUAUGCUGAGCCAUCAGGUCGCCGUCUGGUCCUUGUUGAUUCGAAAGGCGAAGGUUACAUGUACAACCCAGUGAAUGAUGACAUCUUAGAGAUUCCUGAGUUUCCAGGGUCAUGCCGAGGCUGCUUGUGGGAGAAUUCCCCGAGUGAUCGCCACGUGUUAGUGCUGUUUGAUGAGAAACAACUCUACACUUAUAUCUUUCACCAAGAGCACAUUAAGGGUCACCAUGUGGAACUUAUAGGUACAACUAAGAUUCCACCUAGUCAGGUGCCACUUCUGCUCUACAAUGGAGAGGUCACCCUCCAGACAGCCUCUGGAAGAACUGCCCCACUAGUUCUAUCUUCCCAUGAAAUGGAAGCCAACAUUCAUGACUACUCGCAUGAGCAACUACGAAAAGCACUUAAAAAAAACAUUGCUCUCAGAAGAUUUAAAGAUGCCAGUGCCAUCUGCCAAGUGCUAAACAACAAACAGGAUUGGGAAGUCUUAGGAAAAGCAUGUUUAUGGUGUUUGAACUUGGAACUUGGUAUGCGUGUUUACCGCCAACUUGGAGACGUAGGAAUGGUGUGGUCAUUACAAAACUUAGUAGAUCUUGAAGAUCCGUUGCUGCUUGGUGGACACUUGGCGAUGUAUCUCGGUGAUUUCAAUUUGGCUCAGGAUUUGUAUUUGAGGUCUAGUGUACCUGUUGCUGCUUUAGAGAUGCGGCGAGACUUGUUACAUUGGGACCAAGCACUCCACCUUGCUAAGAAGCUGGCACCUGACCAGAUUCCCUAUAUAUCAAGGGAAUAUGCCCAGCAGCUGGAAUUCACGGGAGACUACCCAGGUGCCCUCACCCACUAUGAGCGAGGAGUGGUCAACACGGGGGGAUCUGAGGAGCACAAUGCAGCAUGUAAGGCUGGUAUUGCUCGAACAGCUUUGCGUUGUGGUGAUAUUAGGCGUGGUGUGAACAUAGCGGCAGAGAUGAACAACCGCAUGCUUAAGAGAGAGUGUGCAGAGAUAUUAGAAAACAAAAAGCAAUAUGCAGAGGCUGCAGUACUGUAUGAGAGUGGCAAUUUUCAUGAGAAAGCUGCAUCUCUGUACAUUCGUCUGAAAAACUGGACCAAAGUUGGGCAACUCUUGGUUAAUAUAAACUCUCCUAAGAUGCAUCUUCAGUAUGCCAAAGCCAAAGAAUCAGAUGGCCAGUAUCAUGAAGCAGCCACUUACUAUGAAUCUGCAAGGGAUUAUGAGUCUGUGAUACGUCUCCUCUUGCACAACCUUAAUUCCCCGGAAGAAGCUGUCAGGAUUGUUCGCGAGACCAAAAGUGUAGAAGGUGCAAAAAUGGUUGCCAGAUUCUUCCAGAAGUUAAAUGACUACAAUUCAGCAAUUCAGUUUCUUGUUCUCUCCAAGUGCACAGACGAAGCAUUCCAGCUGGCACGCACACAUGGAAAAAUGGAAUUGUAUGCAGAUAUUCUUGGUUCUGAUGCGACUCCAGAAGAUUAUAAAAGUGUUGCCCUACACUUUGAAAAUGAGCGAAAUCAUUUCCUAUCAGGAAAAUUCUAUUAUUUAGCUGGCAUUUUUCCUAAAGCAGUCAAGCACUUAAUUCGAUCAGCACAGAGUUCUGGAACUGAAGACUCUGAGAGCAUACAACUAGCAAUUGAUGUUGUUGCAGGAGCAAAUGAUGAUGGUUUAACCCAACAGCUUAUUGACUUCUUGAUGGGUGAACUUGAUGGCAUUCCAAAAGAUGCCAAGUAUCUAUUCCGACUUUACAUGGCCAAAAGUCAGUAUCGUGAAGCAGCUAAAACUGCUAUCAUCAUUGCAAGGGAGGAGCAAAACUCAGGCAACUAUCGUCAUGCUCAUGACAUGCUCCUGGGUAUGUAUGGGGAACUACAACGGCAGAAGAUAAGAAUUCCAGCAGACAUGAGUUCAGCUCUUUUGCUUCUUCAUUCCUACACAUUAGCUAGGCUGCAUGUACGGCGGGGUGACCAUCUCAAAGCUGCAAGGAUGCUCAUCAGAGUUGCUAAUAAUAUUUCAAAGUUUCCAGCACACAUGAUACCAAUAUUAACUUCAACUGUGAUUGAAUGCCAGCGUUCAGGGCUGAAGAAUUCCUCUUUUAACUUCGCUGCCAUGUUGAUGCGUCCAGAAACUCGUAAUCAGAUAGAUGAGAAGUACAAAAAGAAAAUUGAAGCCAUCGUCCGUAAACCCCAGAAGACGGAAGAGGAAGAACCUGGCUCUCCAUGUCCAUUCUGUUCAUCACCAGUUGAGGAGACAACAUUAGAAUGUGGCCAGUGUCAAAACACUCUACCAUAUUGUAUUGCUACAGGUCGGCAUAUUUUGCCAGAUGACAUUACUGUGUGCCCUUCAUGCAAGUUUCCUGCAAUUAGAACAGAAUUAAUGAAGUUGGUGGAAGAUGGAGAGGAUUGCCCCAUGUGCAGUUCAGCUCUGGAAGUUGAUAAAAUUUCAGUUACAACAAACUGGAAAUCCACUGUUUUAAAUCCAGAUGCUCAAGACUAAAUACCACUUACAAUUUUCUGAGUUAAAAUAGAAAUGAACCAGAAGUGUACAUUUGCGUUUCUGUGGAUUAAGCACAAAAAUUAUGGGAAUUUUUUUUAUAUUUAAUGUGAUAUUAUGCUAGUCAUAUCAUAGAAAUAUUAUUUUUAUGUUUCAUAUUACAGUACAGUAUUACCCUGCUUUACAGGUUUACGCGGUACCUUGCCAGAACCAGACUUUCACUUUCCGCGGUGCAUCUACUCAUAU